UAUUUUAUGCUGCCAUCUCUAAUUAAGCACAGUGCAGUUGAAAUGAAAUGAAUCGUUAUCCGGGCAUUGUGAAAUAAAUCUGGAAUAACGCGGUGAGGCAGCGCUUGUUUACUGCUCAGCGACAGUAUUUGCACACAAAGACAUGGAGACCGAAAACAAGGAGGGUACCGCCGCCGAAGGCGCAGCCUCUGCAAAUGACUCAUCAUCAUCAUCGCCUUCGUUGAACGUUCUGUGUGCAAUUUGCAACGAGUUUUUCCGAGCAAACGACAUUAUCUUCUCCACCGCCAGCUGCGGUCAUGUUUUCCACAAGGAGUGCCUCACCCGAUGGCUAAACACGUCCAGAACCUGCCCGCAGUGCAGGGGCGCCUGCAACCGGAACCGCGUCCAUCGGCUGUAUCUAAACUUUGCAGAGGCCACGGAGUACGAUGAUACGGAGCCGCCCAAGAUGCCCAUAGAAUGGGUGCCCAUGGAUCUGGACAGGAACAGCUUUCCGGACGCCCACCUGCCGCCCGAGGGAGCGGUGCAGUGCGGCACGAACGAGGACGGAUUGCCCACUUAUGUGGCCAGAGGCUAUUACCAGGAUGAUCUCCUGCCCUCCGUUUACGUGCCAGAAAAGAAGGCUGCCUUCGGAUCGCAUGCCUGUCGGGCCCACCUUCUGACGGACGAUGUGGAGCUGCUGGUGCUGAACGAAUGUGACUACAAGUGGGUGGCCGGCCAGCACGGAACCUAUCCGCGGGAUGCCCUUAAAACGGGCUACUCCGAGUUGGGUGAGGUCACCUACACCGGUCGCGGGUUCUACGAGGGCGUUCUGCGACUGGGUAAAGUGCAUCCCUCUCACAAGGUCAUGUACAUCCCCCACCGCGGUCAGGAGGUCAACGUCAACACCUACGAAGUCCUGGUAGUCACCCCACGUGACCAGGCCGAACGAUAAUGCAUCCGCAACCUAAAAUAUCACCUUAUUCCUGUAUCAAUCUGUGUUAUGUAUAUGUACUUCGGUACAUUUUUGAGUGAUCCUCACUACCCGAAUUUUCUCCCCAAAGUUUUUGCCUCAAGCCUUAUUAGUAAUGUGAAUCUAUGACAUUGUCGAAAUUUUAUUGUACAGUUGCUUUUGCUUGUAAUGGGAUCAUUGAUCCGCAUGAUAACUAGCAAAUAAUAAAGAAAUAUAAACCACAAUA